CUUCGGACAAAUUCAAUAUGGCGGUGGUUGGAAAUGCACGUGUGUGAACUUUUCUCGUGUUUAUCUUGUUGUUGCAGUUAUUAGAACUCAUAAAACGACGGCAUGUCCUCAGAAAAUAUCCUCUCACAUUUCUGGGACCUUGCAUCUACUGACGAAAGAAAACGAUUGAAAGCAGCUUCGCAGCUUUUAUGUGCUUUAGAUCAAGCUCAAAAACGACACAAGACAGAGGACGAGGUAUGUUGUUUGCACGCGUGCAGUCAUUUAUGCAAAGAAGACGUGCUCUUAGAUUCGUUUGAUUAGUACAUUUUGAGUGUGGUGUACUUUAUUUUAGUCCUGUCGAGCAGAGUACGUGCUGAACUCGUCCUUGUAAAGCCGCGUGCAAACGGACGCAACAUUGUUGGAUGUUACAUUUUGCGUCCGUUUGCACACCCUGUUGCAUGUUGUUAAGUGUUGUUGAGUUGUUGCGCAAAAUUUUAAACCGGUGAGACGUUUAACUACGUGCAAACGGACACAACAACUCCCAACAAUGUUGGGCCAACGAUGUUGGGAGUUAUUGUGGGGCUUAUAAUAAUAAGAAGAAAAAUUCCCUUCAGCUAACACAAAUUUUUGCAAUUUUAUCAAAAGACUGAAGAUAACAAGGAAGAUGAUGAGAGUGAUGAUGACAUUUCCUGUUCUGAUGAGUUAAAAUACAGUGUGAAACGCCUCGUGAAAGGUUUAGCAUCUACCAGGAAAGGAGCAAGACAGGGAUUUGCAACUGUGCUGACAGAGAUUCUCUCUGAAUUUGCUUGCCUAUGUCCUGAAAAAGUUCUCAAAUUAAUUGCCAAGAAUCUAGAGGUCACUGGCAGUGCAAAAUCAUGGGUAAGACAUUCGUCAUAUCAAAUAACAAAGAGGGAGAUGUAGAUUGAAAAAUAAAGUUUUACUUUUUAAUUCUGUGAACUGUAUCUGGUUAAAAAAAAAAUUAUAUUUGUGUACAUUCUGAAUUAAUCGAGAUCAGUACAAUUUACAUGUAGCUAUCAUCAUCUCCGUAUAAUUAUUAUAAUGUACAUGUACACUGUAUGUGUAUUAAAUUCACUACCAUGCACUUUGUGGUUACAUGUAGUAAUAGCUUUUUAUACUGGCAUCUCGUUCUUGGGAAUUGACUUUGAAAACUUUUAGUUACUCCAAUUCCCAACAAUUUCUGUUUUGUUACAUGUAACUUACAUGUAAUGUAAUGAGUAAAGUAAAAGUGUAUUGUUUUCGAAACUCACAAAACCGUGAAAACCAGAAAUACAGAUUUAUGGAAUGUUAUUGUGCUGCAAGAAAUAAGCCAAUAAGGCGUGAGAUAACUAAACGACAAACAGCAAUGGCAAUAAUUUAUUAGUUUGUGGUUUUGAGGUUUGCUUGCGUAUCCUGAACUUUAUUGUGAUUGGCCAGUACACAAUCAACAUUCUUGAAAUUUUUCAGGUGUUCACAGUUUUGUGAGUUUGACAGUAAAGUAAAUAAUUUGUUUCACUUUUUUGUUUCCCUAAAAAAAACAUCCUGUUGUGUGUUUGAUAUUAAUAGCAUCUCAAGCUACAUUUAAUUUACUUGUGAGGUUACAAUGUAUAAUUUAUUGGUAAUGCAUAUAAUUUUUUAUUGUUGCAGGAAGAGCGAGACAGUUUCGUUGGACAAGUGUUUGGCUUGGUGUCUGUUUUAAGAUCACAGUUCAAGGAGGACAAAAUAACUGUAAGGCUUGACAUUGGAUCUCGACUUUUUCAUCUGUUAUAGAUUAUGUAACAAUAAUGAUAAAUCUUCAUUCUGUGAUGUAUUUACCGUAAAUCUGUGCCCCUUUUUUCAUUGAAGCCAGCUUUACUGAUUUUUGAGAUUCUAAAUUCAUGAAUGAAUAAUUUCAUAUAAUUGUAUAUUAUUAUUAUUAUUAUUAUUAUUAUUAUUGUUAUUAUCAUUAUGUAUGGGUUGGUUCAUGAGAGCAAGACGUUUUAUAUAUCAUUCUGACAAAUGAGCCUGUAUACAACAUUCCUUGUAAUUUGUACAUUUUUGUUUAUUUGAGGACAUAUUUAAUUAUUAUUAAUCACUUUUAUCAAUAUUAAGAGAAAAAAUGUGCUUUUUAUAGUCCAGUGAUACAGCAUGGCUUAGUUUGUUGAUUGAAAGAGUCAGAGAGCUGAGCAAGAAAAAGACUUAUUUGCAGGAGCUUUGUACAAAGGUCAUUGUGGACAUUUUUGAAGUGGUAAGUUCAAUGAUUUUACAUCAUCUAGUCCUUGCCUGGUUUUUGUUGCUACACAAAAAUAUUCACAAGCAAACAUGGCAGAUUGAGGAGAUUUAGGGAUCAGGCAGUGGGUCUGAGAGGUCUACAGUUGCUGGACUUAUAAUUUAGGGGCCCCAAAUUCAAAUCCUCAGGGUGUUCUCUGUAGUCCAAGUUCAAAUCCUCGGCUGUGCUCGCUGGUACAUGUACUGUAGCUAACUGUUUCAUUUCACUAGCUGGAUUCUUAACCUUGUUCAUAUAUUCCGUUUUAAUCAAAUUUUUGUGGCAUUUUAUAUUCCUGAAAAGCCCCAUGAGAAGAGAGGAGACAUGUAAUUGAUUAUUGAUUAUCAUUAUUAAUGUUUUUCUUCUUUCGCAGUUCAUACUGUCUAGGGCUCCCAUAAGCGACCACUCCAGGGAUUUUUUUCCAUGUAUUUUCCCAGGCCCUUUUUAACUAGGCUAAAUACUCCAAUAACUACGGGCUCACGCAGUUUCUAUUAUUAUUAUUAUUAUUAUUAUUAUUAUUAUUAUUAUUACAUCUAUAUUACUGGAAGAACCUUGCAAUUUAUCAGAAAUCACUUGGCACCAUACAAUAAUUUUUUCAUAUUUCUUUAAAAACGUCAAUAAGAUUGUUUUUCUUUGUUUGCAGGUGUCCACUGAUGUGUUUGUAAACUGUGUCUAUCCAUCUGUCAAGGAGAUUAUAGAGGGUGGAUGGGCACAAGCCACACCCGAAACUCUUCUUAUCUCUCUUGCGCUUCAGAGAUGUUGGGGGGUGUGUAUAUGUGAUGGUUCAAUUUUGUUCUUGGUCUAUUUUAUAUUUUUCCUUUGUUUUUCUGCAUGGUGUCAAUGAUAAUAAGGAUUGUAAGUUUAUAGACAAUAUUUCAUACAAAGUUGUAUACUGAAAAACACCAUGGUCAUUUCUUUGAGAAUGCCUUUAAGAAAAAUAUUCUCAAGCUAAUUAAUAAUUCAUAAAGAAAAUACAAAUAAAAUUAAUAUUUAAUGAGGUUAAUUGGAAAUCAGAUGAAAAACUGCUCAUUUUGCAUCCUUAAUUUCUCCUUCUUAAAUGUGGCAUUUUGUUUGAGGAAUGAGAACUAAUAUCAUUAUCGAACAUUUGACACAGUGUUUCAUCGCCUGAUGAAACACCUUGAAGUUCAUCAAAAAUACUCUGCUACUCUUUGAACUUAACUAUAUGUACCGUCAGCAUAUUUUGUAAAAGCUGAUGUUUUUGGAAUUCAAAAUGGUACGGCUAGUAUAAUACAGACUGUACGUGUGAAAUUUCUUUUGAAGACUUGAGUCAUAUUAAGAAUUGUCUGCCUGCAAAAUAGAAAAAUCAUGUAUUCAUUGUCUUUCCCCACUAGGAUCAUCUUGAAAGGAAAUUAAUAAAAAGUUCCUGGAAAUGUUCUUACAUUGCUGACAAGAAAAAUUAUGAACGGAUGGCUGUGGUUUUGCAGGUAAACAAUAAAUUAAUUAUUGCUUUGUUCAUAGCUCCCAUGUGGGCCAAGUUGUUCAAAAGACGAUUAGCAGAAAUCCGGGGAUAAGUCAUCUAGAAAAGUCAAGCUCUGUUUACACCAUGAUUAAUACUACAUGUACAUGUACAACUUAGUUUUGAUGAAGUCAGCUGUGUCUAACUAUUGACAAAGAUUUCCAGCAGAUAAUGGUUUUAUGUUAUUUUGUUGUUUAUUCAUAUUUUUUUUUACGAGAGAUCAUAACUGUUUUAAUAUGGAAAUAUCCAUUUGUUACUUUCUCACUUUGGUAAUAUUCAUUCCUUGUUAUACAUGUAGGCUUGGUAUACACACCUGUAGUACUGUAUUGGGUGUUGACAUGGUGUUUUUUAUAAUGUAUUUCCUUCCCUGAGUUUUUUAAUUUUGUUUAAUAUGUAAUAAGAUGGGUUGUCUUUCCAGUUGUAAAUAAUUUCUCCCCCUUCUCUGGUAUACCCCACACCCCACCUCAAAAGUUGCUGCAAAAAAGCUCAUCCAAGGAGCUAUCAUUACAGAGAGACCUUUCUUCCUUAGGACUCCAUUUCUUCACAUCCAAGAAUCCACUGUGUUUGGGAUGAAGUCUUCCUCACCCUGUUUGAUAACCCCGCAAGUGAUGUGGAAUUGUUCUGGAACAAAGUGGUGGAAGGUUUGCCAAUAAUUAUUCUAUUUAUUCAUGUUGAUCGACAGCUAAAAAAAAGUACAAAAAAGGCCAUUUUUUGUUUGUUUUCUAGUUCUUUAAAUUUGCUUAAAUUAAAGUCAGUGUUCAUUUAAUAUUUUUCUUAUUCCAUUAUGUUUACUGAUGAAAUGAUUGUGUGUGUGUGUGUUUUUUGUUUCAUACCGGUAUUUUAUGUUUAUAAUUUCAGAUGGUCUGUUUCAGUCAACACAGAACAGAAAGUUCCUUGGAUUCCAACUUGUCAGGAAAAUACUUCCCCAGAUCAGUGCAAGACAAGUCCCAAUAGUGUUCAGUGCUCAUAUGAUGAGGAGCUUCAUAAAUGGCCUGUCUUCUCCAAAAAAUUACCUCCAUGAAGCUGCAAAACAACUGGUAUGUCUGGCAGAUCAACCUUCACCUAUCUUCUUCGUACCUUGUGGCACAUACAACUGUGAGGCCUGUACAGAGGCCCUCCAUUUAUCUCAGUUAGCUGCUACGGUCUUUCAGACUUUGCUUCCUUCCUUGAUUGCCAUCCUGCUUCUACCCUUUCGUUUUCAACUGUGUGCCUCCAUGUGGUUUUUGGUUUUCUUCGUCUUCUUUUUCUUUCUGGUGCCCAAGUCACUGUAAUGUUGCAGUCACUGUUUUGGUCCUGUCUUAG